AAGAAAAGAAACCUCUACGAACCUUCUUCCAAAAAACACACAUUUAAUUCCCCCUUUUCUUUUUCCCGUUCCAUUUUAGUUUUUACAUUUGAAUCACAACAGCUAUAGAAAACUUGAUGAAACGGUGUCGUUUUGGAGUGAUUUUUUAGGGUUUUUGAUUUGAUUUGAUUUGGUGAUAAAAUUGAGUGAUUUUGUUGUUGUUUGAGAUGAUGAUGGCGGAUAAAGCAUCGUCAGAGUUAUGGUUAUCAUCUGAAGAAACUUCAGUUGAUUUUGAUUUGAAUUUUGAUGGGCCAAGUAUGGAUAUUGAUGAUUUAUUGAGUAUUAUUGAUGAGAAAUCUGAUCCACCUAUUGCUACUACUCAGCAGAGUAUGCCGGAGGAUUUAUUGCCAAAUGACGUGGGACAAGUAGGUUAUUCAGACUUGGAGAGAUCUUCAGCUUCGAGGGCUCAAUUUCUUGGGCGCAUUGGAGUUUCCCCUUCGUCCAACUCAGAAGCUUCAGAUACAAGGACUGGUGUUUCAGAUGGCUCAUCUGAUUCCGCAGGGAAUUCAAUUGUUGAUGGCAAAAAGCUUGGAUUUCAAUUAGAGAUAGGCUCUCCAGUACAUAGUUUCUAUGAAAGCCUGACUGGUUGGACACCUGCUCAGGACAAUGAAUGGUUCAGUGAUAGGGAUAAUAUCUCUCGGAGCACUUCAUCUAAUGUCCAGCAAGAAAGGUUGCUGUUAAGCCAAUCAACUGCACAGAACAAGUUGAACAACUCAGGAACAUUAGCUGCAGAGGAAACAGCAAGCAUGGAAGUAGCUGUAUCUUCAAAUGAUGAACACUAUGCUAGGCUUAGUUUAUGUCAGAGUUCUGAUACUUUGCCUGGAAAUUGGGAUAAUUAUGCACAAACUCCCCAUACAUAUUCUUUCUUGAAGCAGGAUGCACCAAAUAACCUUGAUUUUGAAAUGCUGUCUCACAAUGAUAAGAUGCUAAAUGUAAUGGAUGAACAAUUGGACCAUACAACUGGGAUUGCCGACUCAGACACUGGAAUAGCAUGUGGGAAUUGGACAACAAGAACAGGUGAAGGAAUUCAGCGGGCUCCUGAGUGUCAUAUGACUCCAAAUUUUGGUGUUGAGGAGCUCAGUGCCUAUUAUAGUGGUAGUGACCAAACACUAUUAAAUAGUGGCAACUUGUUCUCCAGAUUAGAAGGCAGCAAUACGAUGGGAAAGAUAUUUCCUCAGCCUUUGCCUUGCAAUCAGUCAAGUUUCCCUUUUCAAAAUCAGCAGUUUCAUAGAAAGAAUGACAAAAGUGAACUGAUAGGUGGUGCUGAUAUGUCUACAGUUUCUGAGCUCUCAAAUUCAUUUUGUUCUGCUCCUGUAACUUCCCUGUCAAGUAAUAAUCUUUUGGUUUAUCCAAAGGAUGAAAAUGAUGUACUUCAAUAUAAUAGGCCUUCUAAGUUACCUUUUUCUAAUCGAAAUAAUAGGCCUUCUUAUCACCUUGAUAAUUUAGAAGAAACUUCUUUAGAAAAACCCAUUCUGGUUCCUCAUGAUCAGCAUGUGGAUGUGAAGGUUAGAGAACAAUCUGUCCCAUUGUCAUCAACUUCAAUGAAGCAACAGUUUGGUUGUGCAAAAUUAGCAAAGGGCGAAAAGCGUAUUUUCUUAAAAGUUAAUGGUUCUUGUCUAUCUACAAUCACUCAUCAAGGAAUUAAGAGAAGUUCGUUGAAUCAAAUAAGCCAUAGUGAGGAUGAUGAUGAUGAUCUAUGCAUUCUUGAGGAAAUAAGUGCACCUGCAAAGGCAAAUCCAUGUGCUAAUGGCAAGUCUCUUGUUGCUCUACAGCGUACUACAAUUACUGACUCUUUUGCUCCAGCUGAAGUGGGACAAAUGAGGCCUGAAGUGGGACAAAUGAGGCCGAAGUCAAAUGACGAGCUUGUUAUUUAUCGAGCUGCCUUGCAGGAUCUUUCUCAGCCGAAAUCAGAAGAGAGUCCACCUGAUGGUCUUUUGGCUGUUCCUCUAUUGAGGCACCAGCGCAUUGCAUUAUCAUGGAUGGCUAAGAAGGAAAAAGCUGGUGUACCCUGUUGUGGUGGGAUUCUUGCUGAUGAUCAGGGACUUGGAAAAACUGUAUCAACAAUUGCACUAAUACUCAAAGAAAGGUCUCCAUCUUCAAGACUUUCUACAGCCAUCGCCAGACAAAUUAAAACGGAGACAUUGAAUUUGGACGACGAUGAUGUUUUAUGUGAGCUUGACAAGUCAAAGCAAGGUGCCGAUUCUUGUCAAGUUGAUGAAAAUUCUAGCAUGGGCUGUAAAACUUCUUUGCAUGCAAAAGGGAGGCCAGCUGCUGGCACCCUUAUCGUUUGUCCUACCAGUGUCCUCCGUCAGUGGUCUGAGGAGUUGCACAAUAAGGUAACAAGCAAAGCAAAUCUCUCUGUUCUAGUAUACCAUGGUAGCAGUAGAACAAAGGACCCGAUUGAACUAGCAAAGUAUGAUGUGGUGGUCACAACAUAUUCAAUCGUAAGCAUGGAGGUCCCUAAGCAGCCUCUUGCAGAAGAUGAUGAUGAGACAGGAAAAGCAACUCAUGAAUCAUCUUCUAGUAAAAAGAGAAAAACUCCUUCGAGCUCAAAGAAAAGUUCAUCAAAGGCGAAAAAAGAAAUGGAGAAGGAAUUGCUUGAAGCCACUGCCCGCCCUCUCGCCAGGGUGGGAUGGUAUAGGGUCGUGCUGGAUGAGGCUCAAAGCAUUAAGAAUUACAGAACCCAAGUAGCUAGGGCUUGUUGGGGUCUCCGAGCUAAACGUAGAUGGUGUUUGUCGGGGACACCUAUCCAGAACGCAGUUGAUGACCUUUACAGUUACUUCAGAUUUCUCAAAUAUGACCCAUAUGCGGUGUAUAAACAAUUCUGCUCCACAAUCAAGGUUCCAAUCCAAAGACACCCAACAACCGGGUAUAGAAAGCUGCAGGCCGUUCUGAAGACUGUUAUGCUUCGUCGCACUAAAGGUACAUUUAUUGAUGGAGAACCCAUUAUCAACCUUCCAAAGAAAACAAUUGUACUAAAAAAAGUUGAUUUUACGGAUGAGGAACGAGAUUUCUACUGCAGACUUGAAGCUGAAUCACGUGCUCAGUUUGCUGAAUAUGCUGCUGCUGGGACAGUCAAACAAAAUUAUGUGAACAUACUGUUGAUGCUUUUACGACUGAGACAAGCUUGUGAUCACCCUCUUCUUGUUGGAGGGUCCAACUCUGGUUCUGUUUGGAGAUCAUCUGUUGAGGAGGCCAAGAAAUUAUCACGAGAGAAACUAACUGAUCUUUUGAAUUGCUUGGAAGGUUCUUUAGCAAUUUGUGGCAUAUGCAGUGAUCCCCCUGAAGAUGCUGUUGUAACAGUUUGUGGACAUGUCUUUUGCAAUCAGUGUAUUUGUGAGCAUCUAACCGGUGAUGACACUCAGUGUCCUGUAUCAGCUUGCAAAGCUCAUCUGAGCAGUUCUUCAGUUUUCACUAAAGCAAUGUUAAGUGGUUCUCUAUCUGAUCAACCCAGUCUGCAAAAGUACCCUGACUGUGCUGGAUCUCAAGUGGCUGAAAGUUCAAUUUGUAGCCCAUAUGAUUCAUCCAAGAUUAAAGCUGCUCUUCAGAUGCUUCAAUCUCUGUCUAAACCUAAGGCUUGCAACCGCCUUUCAAGAUCAGAUGAUGAAGGAGCUUCUCCUUCGGAAAAUACAUGUGAUGUAAGUUCCAAAGACACAACCACAACAGCUGGAGAGAAAGCAAUUGUCUUUUCUCAGUGGACGGGGAUGUUGGAUUUACUUGAAGCUUGUCUGAAAACUUCCUCAAUUCAGUACCGUAGACUUGACGGAACAAUGUCUGUUCUUGCCAGAGACAAGGCUGUGAAGGAUUUCAACACACUCCCUGAGGUAACAGUCAUGAUUAUGUCUCUGAAAGCUGCAAGCCUGGGGCUUAACAUGGUUGCAGCUUGUCAUGUUCUUCUCUUGGACCUUUGGUGGAACCCUACGACUGAGGAUCAAGCAAUUGACAGGGCUCAUCGGAUUGGACAGACCCGUCCGGUUACAGUUUUGCGGUUGACUGUAAAAGAUACAGUUGAAGAUCGUAUUUUGGCUCUUCAGCAAAAGAAAAGAGAAAUGGUUGCUUCCGCAUUUGGAGAGGAUGAGACUGGUAGCCGACAGACUCGUCUCACUGUGGAGGAUUUAGAGUACCUUUUCAAGAUUUAAUCGGCAUCUCAGUUUUGCAGUAAGCUGAUGUUUAGAUGCAGCUUGGGCUAUCUUAAAAUUUUUUAUUUGAAAAUUGGUUUCACGGCAUAUAUACAAUUGAGGCUUUGGUUCUUAGGUUCCAUAGUAUUGACUGACAGAAAAGGUGACCUGACUAAAAGAUCAUUUUGAGAAUACUCUUCAAAGAUUCAUAUGAUCCAUUUUUUUUAUUAGCUAUUGAUUACCUUGUGCAGGGGUUGGAUUUUAGUGGGAAAUCAGGAUGAGACUUAGAUCAGUCUCUGUAGAUUCUUUGCUUAGAAAAUGUAAAUGAUAGUUCCUUUGGCUUCUGCCAUUGUUCCUUUUUCCUGGGAUAGGACAUAGGAUAUAUUGCUAGUAGUUUUAAGUUGUAGACAGUAGUAUAUUUGUUUCUAGCUUUUCGGGUUGUAAAUUUUUACCUUCAACUUAAUACAGAACCAUGACAAUCAUGGCAAUUCUUUUUCA